AUGGACGACCGGAAGUGGUUUCUGCUUUAUUUUCUCAUCUCUUUGCUUUUGCAAUGCUCUCCAUCCCUACAAGGUCCUGAGUCAACAACAGACAGUUGGUGGCAACCACAAACGUCCCCAUGGUGGUGGUGGAAUACAGAUCGACCUGAAUAUACUACGGAAAAUAGAUGGCAACCACAAACUACUCCAUGGUGGUGGUGGAAUACCGAUAGACCGACCGCAGACGGCCCUGAUUAUACAACAUGGAUGUGGGGCACACCAAACCUGCCUGUCGUCGGAGAGGAGAAUGUGACUCUGGCGGUUGGGGUUACUCAGACUAUCUCCUCUCAUAACUAUCCUUCGAAUUAUCCAAACAAAGUUCGCUAUAACUGGUACAUCACUGCUCCUCCGGGUUAUGAUGUUAUUGUUGACUUUCUUGACUUCAAGCUUGAAUCAUGCUGCGAUUUUCUCCGAAUUGGUAUCGGAGAAUCCCCAUCGUCUCCCGGAAGUGUUACCCUGGCUACCCUCACCGGUUCUUCUCUACCGUCUGAUAUGAGAUUAUAUUCUUCCCCAAGUUGGAUGAUGUUCAACACCGACUCUUCAGUCACUUAUAGAGGAUUUCAACUACGUUUAAGUCUUACUAACGAAAACACAGGUAUUACCUUGAUUUUUACUAUUAAUUUCAAUAUAAAUGAGAAAAUGAAGGCCUGCAGAACAGAGUGUAGUCCACCGGCUCAAUCAUGGAUCCGAAAACACAUGAUUCCCUGUUUUUUGCAUGGAAAUGGAAACAUGUUAAUAGUAACCAAAUGUGUUGGGACAGUGACUCUUUCCCGAAGCGACUUAAAUGUUGAAUCAGUGAAAUUUUGUCACAUCCACUGA